AUGGUCUUGAUUGGUAACAAAGACGAUCUGAUCGACGAACGAACUGUUCCUUACGAAAUGCCAAACCAAUUGGCCGCAAACUGGCAUAUUCCGUACAUUGAAACUUCCGCCAAAACCCGGCACAAUUUGAACGAAGUAAGUUCCCUUUUCACUUGUCAUUCUGCAUUUUACCAAACCGGUCUUUUCAUAAAUGCACUGUUUGCCUCGGGGUUACGCUGUCUGAACCACUGGUGGUGA